GUGGGAGAGCGAGUAGAGAAAUAGGAGAGCUGAAAAUUCAUAUCUUCCACUUACUAGGAAUAUGGAGCCAAGUAAAAUGGUUGUUGAAUUCGUUUUUUGUGUUGAGCUGGAUUUUUAUUUACUUUUGAAUCAUAAAUUGAAUUAUGGAUCUGUACAUAUUAGAACAGGAGCAAAAAGGCACAGACGGAGAAACCACUUCGAGAUUUCCAUUCUUUUUAAUGGAGGUCCCGUGGGAUAUUUUGGUGUGGAGAGAGGGCAUCGUCAAGGAGACCCUAUUUCCCCUCUUUUAUUCAUAUUGGCGGAAGAGGUUCAUUGUAGAGGUUUGAAGAGGUUACAGCAGGAGAACAAAAUCACGGCUCUGCAAGGCCCACGAGGUGUAUCUGGAGCAGAACUUGAUCUGGGACUUUUUCUUCUUUUUCUACAUGGAAUGAGAUAAGGAGAAGGAACCCCAAAGUCCCAUUGUUUUCUAUGGUAUGGAGCAGUCAAUUGCAGACAAGGCAAUCCACUUUUGGGUGGCGGCUUUUGCAUAAAAAGCUUCCAACAUAUGAUAUUGUCUGUGGAAAGGGUGUGUCUCUUGCUACAAAAUACGUUUUAUGUGGUAACGAUGCUAUGACUUUAAAUCACAUUCUUACAAAUUGCAACUUCUCUAUGGCCAUAUGGAAAUAUUUUAUGGACUGUUUUGGUAUAUCUUGGCCAAAUAUUAAUGAUAUUAUUCAGCUAUUUCAAUGGUGGAUCAGGAAGGGUAGGGUGGUUCCAGUGAGUGAACCUUGGUCAUUGGGCUUCAUUAUUGUGGCUGAUAACAUUUGGAAGGAAAGGAAUGAAAGGUGUUAUGACGGGGGUUCAACAUCUAGUUCGAAAAUUUAUAAGAAGAUUAGAAG